AUGCUGGUAUUCUCCUUGCCGCCAAUUGCAGAUGACCUACUCACUCAGCGGCGCAAAACCUUCGCAUCUGAUUGGUCGAAUUUAACCCAUGCCAUAUUUAGCCAGAGUGGGCUGGAAUCGGUAUCGUACAGAAAUGUGCUGAAACAUUCGAUAGGGAAGGUUGACGGGGACCAGAUCGACACUCAGU